AUGGGCAGUCUGCGCUGCUGGCCGAGGAUCAGCUCUCUGGUGUCCUGGCAGGAAGAAGAGAAGAUGGAUGGCAGGACUGGCCCUGAGCGACAGAGAGACUGUGCCACUUCAGGGCACAGCCAACGGCUGAAGUUGGAGCCCUGCUUCCAGAGUGACCCUCUCUUGCCUUCCCCCAGCACACCCCUAAUAUCGCAGCUUCUCAGCCACUCAAUGGUUGGCAGGAGACUGGAUCCCACCAUCCUUUUCCCCUCCUCGCAGGGAGUGACCCUGCCUCAGGAAUACGAGUGUGGUGCAUCUCCUGGGGAAGGAGCACAAGCCCUGUCUUUCCCCAGGACCUGUGCCCCAGCUCCCAUGCCCUGUGCUGGUGACAGGGACCAGCUCUCAGACCAGCACCUAUGGGACCAGAUCUCUGACCAGCACCUACAGGCCAAGCGGGCCAGGGUGGAGAGCAUCAUCCAAGGCAUAAGCCUCCCACCAACCCCUCAGGCAUUUAGCACAAGUCUGGAGGCAGCUUUUUGGCAGGAGAGGGAGAGGGGUAGUGAGGUGCCCUGGGAGAGCAAGAGGAAGCCGAGGGUGCCCCAGCAGGGUUCAGGGGCAGCCAAGCGAGUAGCUCCCUUGGGGGACAGCCCCCAUGCCGAGGGCUGCCAGCAGCUGAAGGAGCAGCUCUGCUUCUUGGAGCAGCAGCUGAGAAGGCUUCAGGAAAAGUUCUCCCAGGUCUGUGACUCUGCAGACACUGCCCAAACCCAGGGAGGUUCCAAGAAAGUGCACCCAUUGCCUGGAAAUCCUGGAGACAGACUGGACAAGGACAGAGCCACUGCCACCAGUGACCCAUGCAAAGCACCUCUUUGGAGGAGCAUCCUGGAGGUGCAGGGGCCAGAGAAGGAUGAGGACAGAGGUGACACAGGUGGCCUGCCCUCUGCAGCAAGGGCUCUAUCACAGACACUGAAGCAUGAACUGGCUGAGGCGAUGUCACGGGUGGUGGACUCUGUUUUGCAGACUGCCUGGCCAAAGGCAGCCAGCCACUUCCUGCAGCAGCACCGCAGACUCCCAGUGCCAGGGCCAGAUGCCAGGAGAGAGCAUUUUGCUGCUACGAGAUGCAGAAAGCCACUUGCUAAGCCAUCUCCCAGGAACACACCAGGCACGCUGGGUUCACCCGAGGCUGAGGCCCCGUCAGGAGCUCCAGCGAAGAGCCCAGGCUCUCAUGCUGGCUCCUUCAGUUCAAAACAGGUGAGAAAAAACUCUCAGGCUCCCAGCAUGUGCUAUCCACUGGGCUUGGCUGCCCCCAUCCAGGACAGCCAGCUGCUGAGCCAGCUGCUGGGCUAUGGCCAACAUGGCCUCUGGAGCAGUGGCUCUCAUGGGAUCCCUUCUUCUCUGGAGAGGGGUCCUCUGGAGCCCCUCAACUUGCACUGGGGAACCGUCAAACUGAGGUCAUCGGUCAUGAGACAGCAGCAGCCCCUGAGCCCUGCUGGCAUGGAGGGCCUGGCACUGCUGCCGAUGCAGGAGGCACUGACCCCUGGCCACCUGAAGAAGGCCAAGCUGAUGUUUUUCUUCACCCGCUAUCCCAGCUCCACUCUGCUGAAGACCUACUUCCUCGAUGUGCAGUUCAGCCGCUGCAUCACCUCCCAACUCAUCAAGUGGUUCAGCAACUUCCGUGAGUUUUACUACAUCCAGGUGGAGAAGUCUGCCCGGCAGGCACUGCUGGAGGGAGCUGUGGAUGCUGGCAGCCUCCGGGUGUCCCGGGACUCAGAGCUUUUUCGCACCCUCAACAUGCACUAUAACAAGGGGAAUGACUUUGAGGUGCCAGGGCGGUUUCUGGAGGUGGCCAGCCUGACGCUGCAGGAGUUCUUCAGUGCCGUCAAGGCAGGCAAGGAUGCCGACCCCUCCUGGAAGAAACCCAUUUACAAAAUCAUUUCCAAACUGGACAGCGACAUCCCGGAAGGGUUCAAGGCUGUCAGAUGCUCCCAGGAACUGCUCUGCAGCUGAGCCUCUGUGACACACAGCAGCCCUGGGUUCUGUGUGCAGCCACCGUGUGCUAAGCACUUAAUGAGUGCUCUGUUAUUCUGAGUGUUUUCUCUCUGGCCUGACAGACAGCUCCUUGGAUGAGCAGUAUCACUUGCCUCAGGUGCUGGGAUUUUAUGCUGUGUGUUUUAUUCCUGUGCUCAAAACUGGUAGGGUCUUCCCAGAGACCUUGGAGGAGAGGGACAGAGGUGAAGCCAUCAGGCUGGAGCCUGGGAAAUUACCCUAAAGCAGCUCUGCCCCUGCCCCUAGGCCAGCUGCCUUCCUUUUCUUCUCCAGAGGGCCACAGGUCAGGGCAAACAGCCUUUCUGUUUAUGAAGUAGGCAGAGGUUUUAUAGUGGGCAAAGUUUUCUUGGCACAGCAGGCUGGUGGAUGUGCUCAGUCCAACAGCAUGCCUUGGUUUCUGUCCAGAUAUAGCACGCCGGUGUCCAAAGAAAACAGCUGGUGAAUUCCAGCAUUUCAAGCACCCCGUGGGGAUAGCUGACCCUGUCUGGGAGAUGUCAAAACAGUGGUGUUUUUUUUGUAGCCAGCAUGACCACCACUCCCCCUGCCUCCCUUGUGCUGUUUGGCAAGAGCCCCCCCAUGCAGCUGCAUUCUGCAGCCAAGCAGGUGAGUGUGUGCUGUUGGAAGCAGCCCAGGAGGGACCACUCACCAGCAGCACUAUCUGUGGUGCUGGAGAAGAGCAUGGUGCACAACCAGCCCCCAUCAGCCCAUCACCUGAGAGGAGAGCAUCAUGUUAAACUCCAUCUGUGUCCUCCUACACCAUGCUUCUGCUGGCAAAAUUGCCCCAAACACCUUGGCCCCACAACCUGCCCUUUGUGAAAGAGGAGCACAUUAUUUGGGACCUCUCAGUCCCUGUGGGUUUUAACAUAAGCUGGUGAGGAGCUGAGCCCGAGGUCUGCAAACCCAUUGUGGUAGGGGUAUAAACCUAAGGAGAUUUCUUUUCCCUGUGGCUAGGACUUUUCAACCUGAUGGAGCAUGACAGAACAUUGUGUGUUAUGGGUUCUCUUGUCAUGGCAGAAGUAGUGGUGAGGGGGAAAGGCUGUGAAGAGGUAUGGCAGGAGGGCUCUGGGAAGGCAGUGAUGCCUGUGUUCAUUUCUUGAG